AUGCCAAUUUUACGAAAACGAUCUCAACCGUCGGCCCCUAGAUCCCCUUCGGACGGGCGAAGUACGGCCACUCGAAGCUCAACAAGGGAGCGCAGACCGCCACCUUCCACGCCGUAUGGAGCGAGUCCCUUGCUCAGCACUCGACCUACCCCAUUAGCUGGUGGAGAUUCCAGAUUACGUCAGUCGGAGUUCAAAGGGUGGCAAUACUUUGAAAUUUCAGAUACUGAUGAUAGCAACAAUGACAAAAGUCCAACCCCGAGAGAGGCCAGCCCUGAUGCUAUCACCGUCAUGCCUCGAGCGAUACGGUAUGCGCUGACUCAAGCUUCAGGUGUCUCCACUGAUGAUGACCUACCCGGCCUUGAGCAUUGGACAAAGGGUAAAGGUAUGAAUGAUGAAAAGAUCAACAAUAUCAAGCAUUUUCUCAGAGCGUCCAAGGGUUGGGAUGCAGAACUGAAAGAUACCAUCAGUGCAUUGAACUUUGAAGAGCAACCGGAGUAUAUGGCGGAUAUAAUGGCAAGAUGUAGAUUCACUGGAUGUUCACAUCACGAUCUGGAAUCCCUAAACCUCUCUGUUGACCGAUUGAUCAAGUAUGCUGAGAGCGAUGCUCACAGAAGUAUCGUUUUCAACCAUGCUACAAGAGGUUUAUCCCUCUGUAAAGACCAUACUUCAGACGAGUUGUCAAAUCUCCCGCAGACUAGACUGAAGGAUUUCAAGGUUUGUGGACAUACGAUCUUAUCGGAGCAUUGGGUUCUAAAAGAGGAUGAGCAAAGAGCGUAUACUAGGCAAAUUCUCGAAAGUCAAAAUCUGAUGUGCGAUGUGAAGAUCCCCAUUUGGGAAGAGAAACAGUCCGAUGGAUCUUGGAAAGAAUUGUAUCUCUUCCGAUCUAUAGGACCUGAUACAUCUGCCUCUGAACCACCCACACACCUAUGUUCGUUGGUUUCUACCCUAGAAACGGAUGAUAAGUGGGUGGGACGUGAUUAG